GCAUGUGCCUGCAUAAGCUAUUUCCACAGCGUCCUGGCCGCGAGAGGGGUGGUGCUUGGGAGGUUAGAGGGAGACACCUAGAGUGAACGGCAAAAUGGAGCGCGGAAUACUGUCUGGCUGUGCACGUGGAGGUGGCGAAAUGUGGAAGCUUAACGAAGUUGGCGCCAUGAAGCUAAAAGACAGCUACCCCAGGACUCUAGCUCGCUCCGCCUAAUGGCGGGCCGCACCCCGCCGGCGAAGCUCACGUUUGUAGGUAAUUGGCGUCCGUGGUAACCAAUCAGGAAGAGGAUCUGCGGGAACGCCGGCCUUUUACUUUCUUGAGUGGCCAAUCCGGUUGUAGGCUCACCUCCCCCCUCUACCCAGAGCCACUGCUGCGGCCGCCGCCAUUUUAGCGUUUUGUCAGAAGCGUCCGCGCCGCGAGGAGGAGGCCCUUCUGGUUUCUGUGCGGGCUCUUGUCAGGAUGGUGAAGCUGUUCAUCGGAAACCUGCCCCGGGAGGCCACAGAGCAGGAGAUUCGCUCACUCUUCGAGCAGUAUGGGAAGGUGCUGGAAUGUGACAUCAUUAAGAAUUACGGCUUUGUGCACAUAGAAGACAAAACUGCAGCUGAAGAUGCCAUACGCAACCUGCACCAUUACAAGCUUCAUGGGGUGAACAUCAACGUGGAAGCCAGCAAGAAUAAGAGCAAAACCUCAACAAAGUUGCAUGUGGGCAACAUCAGUCCCACCUGCACCAAUAAGGAGCUUCGAGCCAAGUUUGAGGAGUAUGGUCCGGUCAUUGAAUGUGACAUCGUGAAAGAUUAUGCCUUCGUACACAUGGAACGGGCAGAGGAUGCAGUGGAGGCCAUCAGGGGCCUUGAUAACACAGAGUUUCAAGGCAAACGAAUGCACGUGCAGUUGUCCACCAGCCGGCUUAGGACUGCGCCCGGGAUGGGAGACCAGAGCGGCUGCUAUCGGUGCGGGAAAGAGGGGCACUGGUCCAAAGAGUGUCCGAUAGAUCGUUCAGGCCGCGUGGCAGACUUGACUGAGCAAUAUAAUGAGCAAUACGGAGCAGUGCGUACGCCUUACACCAUGAGCUAUGGGGAUUCAUUGUAUUACAACAACGCGUACGGAGCGCUCGAUGCCUACUACAAGCGCUGCCGUGCUGCCCGGUCCUAUGAGGCAGUGGCAGCUGCAGCUGCCUCCGUGUAUAAUUACGCAGAGCAGACCCUGUCCCAGCUGCCACAAGUCCAGAAUACAGCCAUGGCCAGUCACCUCACCUCCACCUCUCUCGAUCCCUACGAUAGACACCUGUUGCCGACCUCAGGAGCUGCUGCCACAGCUGCUGCUGCAGCAGCAGCCGCUGCUGCUGUUACUGCAGCUUCCACUUCAUAUUACGGGCGGGAUCGGAGCCCCCUGCGUCGCGCUACAGCCCCAGUCCCCACUGUUGGAGAGGGCUACGGUUACGGGCAUGAGAGUGAGUUGUCCCAAGCUUCAGCAGCCGCGCGGAAUUCUCUGUACGACAUGGCCCGGUAUGAGCGGGAGCAGUAUGCCGAUCGGGCGCGGUACUCAGCCUUUUAAAGCUUGAGGUGAGAGGGGUGGGGUGUUCCCUCUUCUGGUUUUGCCAUCCCUCCUGCAGCCUAAAGGGCUCCAAUUAGGCUGCCCUGCUUGCUUGCUUUUGCAGGGUUAGGGUAAGGUUACUAGGAUGGCUCACAGGCUAGAGAGAAGUCCUAACUGCUUAACUUUAAAAUACGUGGAGUUCCUUGGCCCUCAUGGCUAUUUUUCAGGGCUUCUGGUAGUGGGAGUCAAUUUGAUUCUAUUUGUGCCUAGAAAAAUAAAGAAUGAUGUGCUGGUGAAUCUUGGGUCACCUAUGUACUAUACUAUAAUUGAACCUUACCUGGGGACCCACACAUUCAGGCUCAGGUGUUUUGUUUCUUAGAGCCUUUGUUAAGUUUCCUAGGUGUGUGACAUUCCUAAGGUCUUCAAGUUUCCUGUUCUGUUUUGUGCUGUGUGAAAGUUCUGAUAUGACCCCUGAUGAUAAAGUCCAUAACUGUAGUUAACUGGUCAUCACUGCUCAGGUCCCAGUUACUAAGAAGACUACCAAAAUGGCAUCAUCUUAAUCUUGAAGCGUAUUUCUGACAUUCCUGAACGGUUCAACCCUUAUGAGUUUUAUAGAACUUAUUUGAUGGUAAGUUGGGGUAGAGAGAUACAAAACUUACUUUUAUAAAGUUCCACAAGGAAGUCUGGGCAUAGAUGCUAACACUCACCUUCUCUGCCCAGCUCAGAUUUAUUCCCUGAAUAGAGUGCCCACUCCAUUGCUAUAUCUUUCAGUCUGUCCUAUAACAGCCUAGCCUGUCACUUAGGGUUUUUUUUUUUUUUUAAGUAACUAUUCCCACAGUUUUAGUUUUGAUAUCAUCUGCUUUCUCAGGGUAUAUGUUUUAAGAAUGCAGGCACACCUGUUAAUUUUACUUCUUUGGUAAUGUUGAAAUCCAGGGUUGGGAGCUUUGCCAUAAGCAAAUCACUCCCUUCUUCAUCUUCUCACUAGCUGUUUUGGGCAUUUAAUACUCUUGAGCCAGCAGCUCUACCCUGAGUCCCCUGGCUUUUUCCACUGUCAUACAUUUUGAGCCCCAUGAUCCAUUUGGCUCUACUUGAAUAUAUUCUCUUCUGAUACUUGCCAGCUUUGGGCUCUAGGUGUUUGAGAUUAUUGUACUUAAGGGUAAAUCUCAAUGCCCUUCGUUUUGAAUAACUCCCAGUGUGUCCCAGACAUUACCAUUGAUCCUUAAUUAUAGUAACAGUGUGUGACUGAUAGAUAACUGUCAUCUUUGCAGUUAGGGCAGAAGGUAUGUGGCUUUCCCAGGGUCAUUGGGUAGGCAGUCACUGAUUGGGCUGGAAAAGAGACUUCAGUGACUUGAUGCGUAGCUUAUACAUGCCCUUCCGCACCUUCUUUCCAAAGUUAGUUUCUUCCCUAGUUGGAAUUGGAUGUCCUCAGGUCUUAAAACUUGUGCAGUUGAUGCUACUUUUAUCUAGACUUUGAAUGAUUUUUAACUCGGACCUUGGCAGUAACUCCUAGAUAGAAAAUACUGUUAAUUUUUUUUUUUUUAACCUCAGGGAGCUAAUUGGAACCAUUCCAUUUUUCCUGUCCUCUGCUGACAUCUUGUGAUGUGGAAUUACCUUCUCUGAGGAAUGCUAAUGUUAACAUCAUCAAGAGCAAGGAAUGUCUCUUUGCCUACUUUUAUGAAACAAGAUAUACUAUUAAUUUAAGACCUUAGUCUGAGAUUGUUUAGCCUCCCCAGUUACUCUCUGGCCUUCAAGCUCUUUUCAUUGUUAGAGAUCACUGUGAUACUGGGGAAGAAGGGUACAAGUAAACUUAAAAGGAGUGUCAAGUUAUCAGACUUUGUAAAGAUGUUGAAGUUUUAAAUGGGAAAGCCCUUUUGAGCUUUGCUGUAAAGCCGCUGUAUUGUGCUCUCUUUCAGGUGGGAUGUGUGUGGGCUGAAAUUCCGAGCUGCGGUUGUGCAUGAGAAUACACCCUUCGUGGUACCCCAUCUCCGGGACGUUCUCGGCUCUGUGCGUUCAGUCCCUCAGGAACCGUGGACCUUAAUUUACCUUGCUAAGUUCAGACCUUCUCUUCCUUUCCUUUCCUCUCCUGCCCAUUUUCCUGUUCUUCUGUCCUUCAAUACUUCUGUAGCUUCCCAUUCAUGUUCUGUUCUCCCAGCAGGCCUCAUUGUGUGCAGAAACUGUGGUGGGGGCUGUGCUGUCUCCUCCCUGCCUCCUGCCUCCUGCGGCUGUUGGAUUUGGGAAUGACCUUGGUGAGAGUCUCACUGCUCCAGGGUCUCUUUUUGGUCCAAAGGCUAGACCUAUAGAGUUGGAUCACUUUUUUUCUUUCCGGUGAAAUAAAUGGUUUUUCAACUUA